AUGAAUAAUCAAGGCAGAGUUCUUGCAAAACGUAAGGUUAAGCCGGCGGAGCCGCAAUCCUUGUUAGAUUUUGAUCUUGGGGAAGGUGAAAGUUCAGAUGAUUCUGAUUUUCGAAUAGAAGACCACCCUGAGGACAGCGACGAUUAUUCCAUAAACUCUGACGACGAUGGAAGAAAAAAUGGUGCAAACAGUAGUAGUUCAGAUGAAGAAUCAGGAUCAGAUAUUGAAAAUGAAUUUAAAAACCCAGUACCUAAGUUGGGUGAAGAGGUCUCUGUUACAGAUUUGCUUGAGAAAGCUAAGAAAGAAUUUAAUGUUCCUGAUUUGGCCAGCAUGAUGAUAUGUGCAGGUUGCUUGGGGUCAAGAAGUGAUGAUUUCAAUGAAAUAGUUGAAUGUGAUGGCUGUGGUGUUACUGUGCAUGAAGGUUGCUAUGGUGUUUCGGAUGUGACAAGUGAAUCAAGUACUGUGAGUUCAGCAUCAACUGAGCCCUGGUUUUGUGAGGCUUGUAAAGCUGGAGUUACCGAUCCUAGUUGUGAACUAUGCCCAAAUAAAGGUGGAAUAUUCAAAGAAACUGAAGUAGGUGCCUGGGUCCAUCUGGUGUGUGCUCUAUAUGUUCCUGGAGUAGCAUUUUCGGAGGUGGAAAAAUUAUCUGGGGUGACGUUAUUUGAAAUGGCAUACUCUCGUUGGGGUGCUCGUAGCUGCGCCUUAUGUGACGACUCGACGCUCGCUAGAACGGGCGUGUGCGUAGAAUGUGAUGCCGGACUUUGCAAGACAUUCUUUCAUGUCACUUGCGGUCAACGCGCCGGUUUACUGGCCGAGGCACAUUCAGAAGAAGUGGAACAAGCAGAUCCGUUUUACGCACAUUGUCGUCUACAUUCCGAUAAAACGUUGGUCAAGAAGAGAAAGCGCAAUUGGCUCGCUUUGCAGUUGAGAACUGAGAAAAGGAGGUUGGAGUUACAACAGAAAUUGAGUACUGAGGCUAAAUUAAGGAUUCAAAGAAAACUCGUUAAGUAUAGAAGGAAGUAUGCACAACAAAAGGAGAAUAGACAUCCACCCUGGGUACCAACUCAGAAAAUGGCUCGUAUGUUGUACAGCAGUGCAUCCGCCAUGAGGAAGUUCAAACGCAAAGCUGAAUGUAUGGGCAUUGAUACGCAUGCUCUCGAGUUCCAAGAUGCGCAGAUGGCAGCGCUGAAAGAUGUAUCGCGUCGCUGGCAUGUGCCUCCAGCAUUUUCUGUGGAGUUUGUCGGCUACUAUUUAGAAAGGAAUACGAGAGUAUCAUCUCUAAGGCGAUCUUUGGAGAGGCUCACGAAGGAGAACGAAACGCUUCUCGGUAAUAACGAAACGCUACGGACGGAUUAUGAUGAGGCAACAAAUGAGAACACGGAAACCCUCGAAAGCCUCUACAGUACCCGUCAAAGCCUGCAAAAGCUAUACGACUCGUUAUUAGUAAUCUGCCCGAACAUAAAGAUACCGCCAUCUACUACCAGUUUCCUGGAACAUAAGCCGUUAAUUCCGCCUAUAAUACAUCGCUCAACGCCUAAGGUCACACCACAACAGUUGCAGAAACGGUCAAUGUCUGUGCCAACUGCGGCUGCACUUAAGAUGGGCGUUGGUUUUCCUCUUAGCGACAAUCCGGACGCUCGCCAUGGGAAAGUGCUUUCGACGUCGCUACAAGCUUCCUGCAUGUCCGACACAGGCGUGGCGGCCCGCGAGUGCGCGGUGUGCGCGCGUAGCAGCGAGCAGCACCUGAUGGCUGCCUGCGAUACCUGCCAUCACCAUUACCACUUGCACUGCUUGAGGCCGCCGCUGCAGCGACCGCCCAAGAAGAGCAAGCUUUAUGGAUGGCAAUGCUCAGAAUGCGACAAAACAUCUGAUUCGGAACCUGAGGUAUUAGAAAAGAAAGUACCACGUAGAUCACGUAUUCGGUACAGCAAAGACGGGGCAAUUAUAACAGAACCACACAGUCCCAACUCCAAACCUAGUUCACCAUCACCCAAACAAAAAUCUGAAAAACACAAAGAAAAACCAAAAACUGAAAAUAUAUCGCCUAUUAAAGUGACCAUAAAACCUUUCGAAUUCAGUAGUGAUGGAAACGAAGAAGUGAAAAGCAAAAAGAAGAGAAAUUCUAAAAAGGAAUAUUCUGAAGAUAUCAAGAAAAUUCAUAAGCGUAGUUUCACAUCGCCCAUACUAACGAACACGCCCUUAAUGUCGAUCACGCCACUCGUAGCGGACAGCCCGUAUGAUUCCCACAAUGAGCACUCAAACGAGUCGGCGAAUUUGCCGCCACCAAAAAAAGACGAGACGUACCAGAAUCUAUCUUUCUCAGCAUUACUCAACGAUUCGAAAGAGAGAGACUCUAAGGCCAUUGAAAGUUCUAUUGAGAGUACGCUCGCAAAUUUAUCGUCGGAUAUAGCUAAUUUCAAAGCGAAUAGGAAGCGUAGAAAGGAAAAGCACAGGUCGAGAUAUUCGCCAGAUCUCUUACGCUCUCCGUCUAAGUCACAUAAACACAAGCGGAAGAAGAAGACUCAAGAUAUGGAAAAUCCUGAACAACCGCAUCCGAGGAUUACAAUUAAGAUUAAGCCGAUCCCAAAGCCAGAUGGUUCCUUGGACACUCAAAUGUUCUACGUCCCCACUGACAGCAAUGAUGGUCCGCCGCCACCGCCUGUGAAAAAACACUCCAAGCAAGCUGAACCAGAGACACCUGAAGCUCCAAUACCGCCUACAAUCGUUUUGCCAGAUCCUUUAGCGACAUCUCUGCCAAGCAAACCGGAGGAAACAGUGGGAGCAACGAGUGUUGCAAGUACAAAACCAAAGCGGUCUCGUGAAAGCCGCGUGCGACGGAGCGGCGGUAGCGCGCCCGUGCCCGUAGCAGCUCUUACGCCUCUGACUCAGUGUGACGUAUGUCAACAGGCCGGGGAUAAUACGGAUCUAGUAAGGUGUGAUGAGUGCCAGAAGCGGUAUCACUUCACCUGUCUGGAGCCGCCCUUGAACAAGAACCCUAAAAAGCGCGGAUACUCUUGGCACUGUGCCGAUUGCGAUCCCACUGACUUGGAAGAUAACAAUUAG